CACACCGCAAAGCAUGCUGGGAGAGGAAACCUCCAGGAACCUGAGGGAAAGAGGAAGUUCUGCUGGAAACGUCCUGUAAAGAGGCUCUGAUGUCCGGACAGCGGGAGGGAGAGCCCCGGCAUGAGCAGCAGGUUCCUGUGAUAUAGGAUUGUCCGAUGACAUCAUCAGUACCAGAUAAUGGAUGGAGACGGGGACAAGAUGGCGGAGAGGAUAGUAAAUCUUACCCUAGAGAUACUCUUCCUGCUUACUGGAGAGGAUUACUCCACGGUGAAGAAGACGUCUAGUAAUCUGAUACAUGAGAAGAACAAUGAGAAGAUCCUAGAAGUUGUCCACAAGAUGAUGGAGCUGCUGACUGGAGAGGUUCCUCUAAGGUGUCAGGAUGUCGCUGUCUAUUUCUCCAUGGAGGAGUGGGAGUAUUUAGAAGGACACAAGGGUCUGUACAAGGAGGUCAAGAUGGAGGAGGACCAGCCCCUCACAUCUCCAGAGAGAUCCAGUCAGAGGACAACACCAGAGAGAUGUCCGCGUCCUCUCCUUCCACAGGAUGGCCAGAUUUUAUAUCUGGAUGAAGAUCUGAGCAAUAAUAAUGCUACAGAGACAGAUGUGAGGGGCGAUGACCAGUGUAAGGAGGACAUUCCUACAGAUAAGAGCCCAGGUGACUGUACUGGGAGCUCGGAGGGACAAUUGAUAUCUACAGAUUAUAAUGCAGAUGUUCCAGGUGUCACAUCAGAUACGUAUGAAGAUUGUGCCAUUAUCCCAGAUGUACCAUCCACUCUUCACAGAAAAACUGUGUCAUUUGAUCCUUUAACACAAAUCCGAUCUUCUGAUUCAUCACAGACUGUUAGCCACAAAAUGGGUGAGAGAGCCCUAAGAGCUCAGAAAGGGAAGAAGUCAUAUCCAUGUUCAGAAUGUGGGAAAUGUUUUACUCACAAAUCAGAACUUGAGAGGCAUCAGAGAGUUCACACGGGAGAGAAGCCGUAUUCAUGUUCAGAAUGUGGGAAAUGUUUUACUCAGAAAUCACAUUUUAUAAUCCAUCAGAAAAUUCACACAGGGGAAAAGCCUUAUCCAUGUUCAGAGUGUGGGAAAUGUUUUACUCACAAAUCACAACUUGAGAGGCAUCAGAGAGUUCACACAGGAGAGAAGCCGUACUCAUGUUCAGAAUGUGGGAAAUGUUUUACUUCAAAAUCAUAUUUUAUGAGCCAUCAGAGAAUUCACACAGGGGAAAAGCCGUAUCUAUGUUCAGAGUGUGGGCAAUGUUUUACUCGCAAAUCACAACUUGAGAGGCAUCAGAGAGUUCACACGGGAGAGAAGCCGUAUUCAUGUUCAGAAUGUGGGAAAUGUUUUACUCAGAAAUUUUCUCUUGUUGUCCAUGAGAGAAUUCAUAAAGGGGAGAAACCGUAUUCAUGUUCAGAGUGUGGGAAAUGUUUUACACACAAAUCAGAACUUGAGAGGCAUCAGAGAGUUCACACGGGAGAGAAACUCCACUCAUGUUCAGAAUGUGGGAAACAUUUUAUUAUGAAAUCACAUCUUGAGAGCCAUCAGAGAAUUCACACAGGGGAGAAGCCGUAUUCAUGUUCGGAAUGUGGAAAAUGUUUUGCUCAUAAAUCAAAUCUUGAGCCCCAUCAGAGAAUUCACACAGGGGAGCUGUAUUCAUGUUCAGAAUGUGCUAAAUGUUUUACUAAGAAAUCAUCUCUUGAGACCCAUCAGAGAAUUCACACAGGGGAGAAGCCGUAUUCAUGUUUGGAAUGUGGAAAAUGUUUUUCUCAUAAAAAAUCUCUUCAGACCCAUCAGAGAAUUCACACAGAGGAGAAGCUGUAUUCAUGUUCGGAAUGUGGAAAAUGUUUUUCUCAUAAAAAAUCUCUUCAGACCCAUCAGAGAAUUCACACAGGAGAGAAGCCGUAUUCAUGUUCAGAAUGUAGCGAACGUUUUACUAAUAAUUCAAGUCUUGCUAUACAUCAGAGAAUUCACACAGGUGAGAAGCAUUUUAUUUGUUCAGAAUGUGAAGAGAGUUUUGCUACAAAAUCAGCUCUUCUUUUACAUCACAGACGUCACACAGGGGAGAAGCCGUAUUCAUGUUCGGAAUGUGGGAAAUGGUUCACUCAGAAAUCAUAUCUUAUUAAACAUCAGAGAAUUCACACAGGGGAGAAGCCAUAUUCAUGUUCAGACUGUGGGAAAUGUUUUACUCAUAAAUCAAAUCUUCUGAAACAUCAGAAAGUUCACACAAAGGAGAAGCCGUAUUCAUGUUCAAAAUGUGGGAAAUGUUUUACUCAGAAAUCACAUCUUCAGAGUCAUCAGAGAAUUCACACAGGAGAGAAGCCGUAUUCAUGUUCAGAAUGUGGGAAAUGUUUUACUACGAAAUCAUAUCUUCAGAGUCAUCACAGAAUUCAUACAGGAGAGAAGCCAUAUUCAUGUUCAGAAUGUGGGAAAUGUUUUACUAUGAAAUCAAGUCUUGAGAGACAUCAGCAAACUUGCACAAAGGAGAAGCCGUAUUCAUGUUAAGAAUGUGACUGAUGGGGGGGGGGGCGGGGCAAGCAUGUGAGCGGCUGUGCGUCGGCUGAGCUCCUGUACUACCCCAGCCAAUUAUCCUGCAAACAUUAGCCUAAUCCUGUAAUAUGUUAAAUAUUAUUGCAAUAUGUGAGGAGAAUAUAUGUAUUUAUACACAUAACAAUGCAGCACUGUAUGUAGGUAUAGAUAAACAAAAGGAAAAAGAUUAUCAACAGGGAUUCCAGUCCGGAUUUUGGAUGUGAACCACUAAUAAUGUGGAUUGAUAGGCAUCUGCCUAUAAAAGACCAGCAUUAAAGCUCACUCCUGAUAUCCACUGAGGAAGGGGUUGUCCCCGAAAUGCGUAUGGUCCCAGGAAGUGAGCGCAAAUAAUCGAUGUACAUGUAAAGGACAUUCGACUUAAACACGACAGGCCUGUCUAAGAAAUAGCCCAAGCCCGAUUAGAACCUCCGGCAAGUAAAACCAGCUGACCAGCAGGGAGAGCUUCAUCACGUGAUACGCCAUGCCGACGCCAGCUUCGUCACCACGUGGGACGCUGCGUGAAGGGUGAGAAGCAGGGCAGCGGAGGACGCCGUGGAGCGGGAGGCCGGUAAGAGACGCCGAUCACCAGGAGGCGGGCGAGGGGCAUACCUGAGAGUCCGGUAAGAGAAAUUUAUAUCUAGCUCUGGAUAAAAAUAGCGCACUUUACAGCCGGCUGGCUGACAUAUCUAGCGCAACGGACCUAGGUAGAAUUGAGGUUGAAUAGACUUAUACCAUUGAAGUAUAACUGGAUCACCAUAUACUGGGCUGCAUAGACUAUUUAUCUUCUACUCCAAAUAAUGAACGGCACUGGUGCACCUUAAUGGAAUUAAGAUAUUGAAUACCAUCUUUGAAGAUAUAGUGCUGCAUUUUUAAAUUAAGGACAAACUAUCCCUGAGAAGGAAACAUAUACAUAUAUAUACGGUGGAUAAUCUAUCAUUUUGUUUUCCACAGAAUAGCUGAUUUUAGGAUUGUAUUGUGACAUUGAUUGAUUUUAUUUUGUGUGAAAACAUUUUACCAUUUUAAUAUUUUAGGGAUUGCCCAUUGUUGUUGUUGUCAUUUGCAGUAAAGAUAUUAAAUAUUAAAUAUCAAACAUUUAAUUUUAUGGUUCGUGUGUGAUCC